AGUUACAUUCACCAAGUGCUUCUUUCAAAGGGCCUUGGAAGCAUGUACAUGGUGGGUUGGUCAACCAUCGGCCAUCUAUUUCUUCUCUUCCUCGUCCUUCCGCCAGCGAUUUCCCAAUCCCAAGCAACACCCACUGUGUGUAUAGUCGGAAGCGGCAUCGGCGGCUCCUCCGUCUCCCACUUCCUCCGACAUUAUGCUGCGGCCUACAACGCCUCCACCGGAUUCAACAUUCGGAUAUUUGAGCGCCACAACAUCGUCGGUGGGCGCAUGGCCACCGUCAACGUCGCCGGAGACACAUUCGAGGCCGGAGCUUCCAUUCUGCACCCCAAGAAUCUGCACGCCUUGAGAUUCACUGACCUACUCAAUCUCACUCUCAAAAAACCCUCUUCUCCCGACUCGCUCUCUCUCGGCAUUUGGGACGGCCACAGGUUCGUCUUCAAAACCCUUAACGGCGGCCUCGCUUCCAAGAUUCCUCUUCUGGCUAAGAUUCUGCAGCUAUGGAAUCAGCUCCUCAUGUUCUUCCGAUACGGCUUCUCGCUUCUCAGGAUGGAGGACUUCGUUGAGAGUGCUGUGGGAAGGUUCUCGAAGUACUAUGAAAGUUUUGAAUCUAGGCCCGUUUUUGAGACUGUAACUGAGAUGCUCAAUUGGUCUGGUUUGUACAAUCUCACCACCAGAACUUUGUUUGAGGAGUUAAUAGAUGCUCGAUUAUCUCGCUUGCUAAUACAAGAGCUUGUCACUGUUAUCACAAGAAUUAAUUAUGGUCAAAGUGUCUCAAUUAGUGGACUUGCUGGGGCAGUUUCGUUGGCAGGGUCAGGUGGAGGGUUGUGGUCGGUAGAAGGUGGUAACUGGCAGAUCGCUGCAAGACUAAUAAAUCAUUCAGAUAGCACAUUACAUUUGCAAGAAGAAAUCGAGUCUAUCUCUUACCUAGGAGAAUAUUAUGAGGUCAAAUCUAACAAGGGAAACAGUUAUACAUGUGAAAUUACUGUAGUUGCUACUCCUCUAGAUGAACUGAACAUUCAGUUUACACCUCCGAUUGUAAUUCCUAAGAGAGAAAUGCAGCAUACUCAUACAACUUUUGUAAGGGGCCUCUUAAAUCCUGGGUAUUUCGGCCUGAAGACUCCAUCUAGUAUUCCAAAGCUGGUGGGCACAAAAGAAAAUGACAACGUUCAAUUUUCAAGUAUUUCAGUUCUUAAGCAACAUGAUGACAACGAUAUGACCUACAAGAUAUUCUCUCGUAAACUAAUGAAAGAUACCCUACUGGAUAAGAUCUUCAGUUGGCUCCAAAGAAGUUUCGAGGUGGUCUUUAUCUCCCUCAAUUUGCAGAUUAUAUUGCUUUUUCCUCAAAGUUUCUCUAAGACAUCGUUUCAAAUGGUGUUCUAUGAGCUUUGACCGCUUCUCCUCUUCCAUGAUAGUUGGCUCCAAAGAAGUUUCGAGGUGGUCUUUAUCUCCCUCAAUUUGCAGAUUAUAUUAUAGUAGCGUACCUCCCUCAAUUUGCAGAUUGUAUUAUAGUAGCGAGGAGACCCUACGCUGCACUUUUGUCCGUAAUUGGUGGUAUCCUACUUUGCAGAUUUUUUACCCUUUUGGUUUGCCCCCUUAAUUGAUUUGAUAGUUGGUUGACUGAAAGGUGGAUUUAAGGCUCAAAAAGAAGGCAAAAGUGCUGUGGAAUUGUGCGGCGGAGAGCUAUUUUAUGCAUUGUGUGGCGGAGAGCUAUUUUAUGGAUUGUGUGGAAAGAAAGAAAUAAACAAGUUUUUGAAGACGCUUUUAUAGCUGAAGAUAUUUUGUGGAACAAUGUACAACUUACAACUUUAUGGCGGUGUUCAAGAGAAAUUCUACUGCAAUUGUAGCC